UGCUUUCUCAUCCACGCAAACCCGGUUAACAAAUUACUACUCGACUCUAACUUUGUGACAGAGACCAAAAAAACGUCGAACUGUCAACUUAUAACUCAUUUUGACAUUUUCCCUGUUCCUCUUUUAACGUAGAAGUAUUAUUGUAUUAAGAUUUUUCCAGAUUAAUUCAAGAUAAAUGCUUUUUAAUUAGACUCUGUCUAAUUAGUUAUUAUGAUAACCACAACCUUUAGAUUCUUCAUCUGUUAUUUAUUUAUUUAUUUAUUUUUAUUUUUUUGAAUGAACAUCCUUGAAAAAAAAAUCCAGUUGAAACUUGAAAAAAGUCCAAUCUGGGAUAUUUAAAAAAUAAUAAUAUAUUUGAUGGGCGCAGUUGAUAAUUAUGGAGGACAAUGUGUAAAGGGUUUCAGAGGAUUAAGAAGGAGAAAACACGUUGACUCUGAUAAUCUCAAAAUCAGUCAUGGUGAUCAACAAUUAGCCAAGAGGUUAAAUGUUAUUGAUCUUAUUGGAAUUGGAGUUGGAACCACCAUUGGGGCUGGGGUUUACAUCCUCAUUGGGAGUGUUGCAAGAGAACAGACAGGCCCUGCUCUACCUGUUGCAUUCUUGAUAGCUGGAAUAGCCGCUGCCUUGUCUGCAUUUUGUUAUGCUGAGCUUUCCUGUCGUUGCCCUUCAGCUGGAAGCGCUUACCAUUAUUCAUACAUAUGUCUUGGGGAAGGUGUUGCAUGGAUUAUUGGAUGGGCUCUCAUAUUGGAGUAUGCCAUUGGUGGUUCUGUUGUUGCUCGUGGUGUUACUCCAAACCUGGCUUUAUAUUUUGGGGGAGAGGGGAAUUUGCCAGUACUUCUCUCUCGUCAUACAAUAUUUGGCAUUGUAGUUGAUCCAUGUGCUGCAGUUGUGAUCGUUGUUGCUACAGUACUCAUGUGCACAGGAAUUAAGGAAAGCUCAAUGGCUCAAACAAUAGUUACAUCUGUAAAUAUUUGUGCAUUAAUAUUUGUAAUUGCGGCUGGUGGCUACUUGGCAUCUAAGAAUGGAUGGGUUGGAUACGAAAAUUCUGAUGGAUAUUUACCUUUCGGCAUAAAUGGAGUGCUUGGUGGUUCUGCUACAGUGUUCUUUUCAUACAUUGGUUUUGAUUCUGUUACGGCCGCUGCUGAGGAGGUUAAAAAUCCCAAGAGAGACUUACCGUUGGGAGUGGGGAUCUCAUUAUCCCUGAGUUGUAUACUCUAUAUGCUUCUUUCUUUUGUUAUUGUUGGGUUAGUUCCUUAUUAUGAUUUGAACAAGGACACCCCAAUUUCAUCUGCUUUUUUCGAUUACAACUUAAAAUGGGCAGUUUUAAUUGUAACAACUGGAGCAGUCAUGGCCCUGCUUGCAAGUUUAAUGGGAUCACUUCUUCCUCAGGCUCGGAUUCUGAUGGCCAUGGCUAGAGAUGGGUUACUGCCAUCCUUCUUUUCUGACAUUGAUGAACAUACCAAAGUUCCAGUGAAGGGAACAAUAGUGACUGGCAUUCUUGCUACUACUCUAGCCUUUUGUAUGGAUGUGUCACAGUUGGCAGGAAUGGUUAGUGUGGGCACGCUGCUUGCAUUUGCUGCAGUUGCAGUAUCUGUUUUAGUCAUUAGAUAUAUUCCACCAAAUGAACAUCUCCUAUCAUCAGUUAGUGAAUCUUCCUCUAUCGUUGGUCAUAGUCAUAAUAUGCUGGGAGUUCUAAGCGAACUACGUGAAGGUCCUUUGUCAGGGGAUUGUUGUCAAGGUUCAAUUCCGAAGGGAGGCCAAAGCCAUGGAGCAUCUGUCGACAAUGAAGCUUAUUUAAACGGCCAAAAGGGGAAAAGAAGACGGAAACUGGCUGCUUAUUUCCUGGCAAUUAUUUGUGUAGGUGUUAUAUUGCUUACUUCUGCUGCUUCAGCUGAGCGCCUUACCAGCCCGUCUCGUGUCACACUUUGCGGAAUUGGCGGUGCUAUAUUUUCGAUUGGGAAUAUUGGCCUUGCAUUCAUAGGCCAAGACGCUGCUGCAAAGGAAUUCGGACAUACUGGCGGUUUCCUUUGCCCGUUUGUUCCAUACUUUCCAGCUGCCUGCAUACUUCUGAAUACUUACCUUCUUAUAAAUCUUGGUUCUGAUACUUGGAUUCGCGUUUCAGUAUGGCUUAUAAUCGGAGCUUUCGUAUACCUUUUGUAUGGUCGUACACACAGCAUACUGUUGAAUGCUUCAUAUGUCCCUGUUUCUCAUGCCGACGACUCUGAUUAGAUGAAUUUGCAAGCUUUUAUUUUACUUCAUUUAUGAUCAAUUAAUGAUCAUGCGUAUAUUUUGAGAAAUAUCAUAGACAAUUUCAAAUAAUUUGUACAAUCAAAUAUAUAUUUCUCUCCGUC